AUGAAACGAUUGGAAGAACAAAUAAGAGACGUCCAAAAAGUAGAGAUUAAGGAGGAAAUAGACGAGGAACUGGAGUUCACCGUCAUACCCACGGGACUCCCCGUCAAAGAGCAAGGCCAUGACGGCUAUAUUCCACUGGAUGACGACCAAAAGAUUAGGCAAAAAGGAAUUCGAAAUCGGCUAAUUCGUGAGGAUGAAAACGAUGAUUCUGAUGAGGAUACGGAAAAGUUCUACUCAUCCCGAGCAGAUGCCCUCGAAGAGGACACAAAGCGCCGCGAGCAACAGACACGUUUCCUCGAACAAGAGGAAGCCGAGCGGAAAGAUAGCGAUGAGGAGAUGGAGAGAUGGGAACAACAACAAAUUCUGAAAGCCGUUGGCGCAGCAACGAUCGGUCAAGUGAAGCACGAGUACGAGCUGACCACCCAGUUCUUCCAACGGUCAACUAUCGCGGAGAACAAGGAAAGCCUUAGGAAGUUGGAAUUCGGUGAUGGGGACAAGCAGAGCACCGCAAAGGAGCUGAGCGAGAAGUACAAAAUGUAUCAAGAUAUGAAGCUCUACGUGCGGAGUCUGUUGGACUUUGUCUUCGUCGACGCCCUCGAUGAAUACAGCAACAUUUCAAAAGUUUUGGAUCGCAUCAUCGAUUGGCUGGUCGUUGACGGAAAAUCUUUCCAAGAUGCCUAUGUCCAUCUGUGUAUUCCGAAGUUGUUGUCUCCCUACAUACGCCUGCAGCUGUGCCAAGCUGAAAUUUUGAAGGACCCUAACUUCCGACUCGAUGACCAGGCCUGGUACACGGACAUUCUGACGGCCGGUGCCUCUUCAGAAAUUGAUCCGCAACAUCCGGUAGUUGUCGGGCUGUUGCCAGCAAUUGUUGAAAAGGUUGUUGUGCCAUACCUCACAGAGCUUGUGGCUGACGAAUGGGACCCGCUGUCUUUCCAGCAGACGCAGAAUUUGACGACCUGCCUCAAUACCAUCAUCCGAGAAUAUCCGACGAUAACUUCUAAAUCAAAGAUGGUGAAUCGACUAGCGAAUGCCAUACAAAAACGGGCCAAAGACUCCGUUUCCGAGGAUAUCUUCAUACCGAUCGACCCAAGCGUCAUUAUAAAAGUCAAAGCUCUGAUCGCCGAGACGCGCAACGAAUGGAUGCCCUAUAUGAAUGUUCAGAACAUGCGCUCCCUUCUGGGUGAAGAGGACGAGCCGAACAUUUAUGCGGAAGAAGCCCGCCUUCAAAUGGAGAAGACUAUGAACAAAAAUUCUGAAUUAAAGAUCAAAGCCGAAGAAGCACGACUGAUGGCCGAGGAGUCUGUGCGGUUGGAAGCGGAUGUCCAGGAUUUGAACGAAAUCUUUACGCAACUCCAGACGAUCGUACAUCAACAACACGAUAUGGUUGACUCGAUCGAAGAACAUGUCGAGCAAGCGCGUUCUCAAGUCGAACGCGGUAAUCAACAAUUGAAGCAGGCCGUCAAGCAUAAAAAUGCUAAGAAGCUGGAACGCGAGAUGCUCGACCAGUUGGAGCAGCAAGAGGAAUCGGUGGCCGAGCUGGACACGACUUUCUCUUCACUACGCCAAGAGGUUGAAGCCAAAGCGCGGAAGCUGAAGAAGAUCUCCAUAAAACUACAAAAAGCCCGUCGCGAACUGCAGGACCUCCACAUUGCACAUUCCGACGAGCGCAGGGAGCUGGAGCGGGACGUCUCCCAGAUGAACAUGGAGCUGAAGCUCAAG